AUGUUGAGCGAGGUUGCUAAGUGGGUGGUGUCCUGCAAGGCUUGCCAACAACAGAAGGCCCCACAGCAGGGGAAAAAUGGUCCACUGCAGUCAAUUCUGGUGGUGACCCGACCCUUCGAACGCGUCGGAAUGGACCUUAUGGGUCCCUUCCAGGAGUCGGACUCGGGCAACAAAUGGAUCCUCAUCAUGAUAGAUUAUCUUACGAAGUGGCCAGUCGUCGUGGCGCUGCCAGAUAAGCGGGCGGAGACCGUGGCGAGGGCUUUCGUCGAGCAGCUCGUCUGCAACCAUGGGGCGCCGGAAUGCUUGCUGUCCGACCAGGGGCACAAGUUCCUGAACAAGGUGUUGGCUAGCGUGAACGCCAACCUUCAUACAGAUGGCUUGACCAAGCAAUUCAACUCCACAUUACAGAAUAUGCUCAGUAUGUAUGUGACGGAGCAUCAAUGUGACUGGGACACCUACAUCCCCUACGUGCUGGCGGCGUAUUGGUGUUCCGUUAACAAGGCGACCCUCAAGACGCCAUUCUACUUGAUGUAUGGUUGA